AUGCCUUUCUACGAUAUACACCACCAUUUUCCACUCGAUCAAACCCAGCGUGGUGAGAUCGCGUCCCGGAUUACGGCACUUCAUUGCACACACUUCACCACGCCGUCUCUCUUUUUGAACAUACGCUUCACGCAGGAUGAUGCGAAAAAUAUCUCUACCUACGUUGGUGGCGAACGAGUAGGAAUCAACUACAUCCACGCACACAUCCGCCCACGAAAAACUCCCGCCGACUCCGAGGUCCGCGAACUCUACAACAGCCUCAUCAUCCAGAUCGCCGCGAUUUGGCAAGAUAUCCUGGGAUAUUCAGCCUAUCGUGAAACGGGGAGUCUCGAAACCCCCAUGAAUCCCCAUUCGGUCUUUGUACUUGACGAUAUCGCGGCAGGCUAUGAGCAAGGGUUUCUGUUACCGGAGGCUGGUGGGGAUAAGAGGUGGAUAGAAGAAAACAUGAGGGAGUUUGAGAGGCGCGCGAAUGCAGAGGCACCCUGUGAGGAUCAUGACAUGCAGCGGUUAGUUAAGGAAAUACAUGCGCGGGAGGAUUUGAGCUAG